GGAAUAAGAGAAGCAGAUUUCAGUUGUCUAUCUGUUUGUCAUCUCAGCCGAUUUCUAGUCAGUCACUCAGGAGCCUCCCAGAAUAUCGACAAAUCAAGCACCGUGUCCAACAAUCACAGUGACAUACAUUGUUCACCAUGCUUUCAUCUACUCCAGACGUCAAUGCACCAGUGCUCUUCCAAUUCUCGCUCGCAGGCAAGACGGUUGCUGUGACUGGUGGAUCCGGAGGCAUCGGUACCGAAAUCGUCCGUGGUAUGGCAGAGGCUGGAGCAAAUGUCGCACUCAUCUAUCACAGCUCAGUGGAAGCAGAAGCCACAGCCGCAUUGUUCAGCAAGCAGUACGGGGUCAGCAUAAAGGCGUAUCAAUCUGACGUCAGAUUCGAGAAGCCAAUCACCGACACCAUCAACCAGAUCGCCAAAGACUUUGGGCGAUUGGAUGUUGUGAUAGCCAACGCCGGCGUCUGCUCGAGAUACGAUGCUCUAGAUUACGAUACGGAGAGCUGGAACGCAAUCAACAGCGUCAACUACGACGGAGUAUUCUGGACAGCAAAGGCGGCGGGCAGAAUAUUCAAAGAGCAAGGAAAGGGAAAUCUGGUCAUCACAGCCUCAGUGUCGGCCACGUUGGUCAAUGUUCCGCAAUGGCAAGCUGCUUACAAUGCUUCAAAGGCUGCGGCGAUGCAUCUUUGCAAGUGUUUGGCAGUCGAGUGGGCUUCUUUCGCACGGGUAAAUUCGGUGUCACCUGGAUACAUCAACACGCUUAUGGUCUCGAAGCAGCCUGCAGAGCUGAUGGAUAAGUGGCUCUCGAUGGUUCCCUGUGGUCGCAUUGCUCAGCCUGCAGAGUUGAAAGCGGUAUGUCGUAAAUGCAUGCGCUCUGAGGACCGGACUAAGAUGAUUGCAGCUCUACGUGUUCCUUGCAAGUGACGCAUGUUGCUACAUGACAGGGUCGAACGUCAUUGUUGAUGGAGGUUAUACGUCGA